AUGGGAAGCCAUCCACAGAACCAGUAUGGCAACGAUGAGCUGAAUACUGGCUUUGCACCGCCAUCCACCUAUCCAGCGAGCAUCCAGCUACGGCUGCCGUACCAUGAUCCUGCUUCCUCAUUGGCGAUUCAACAAACCGGAGUUCCUUCUACUACAGGUUUGCAUUUCCAGAACCACAUCGGCUCUGUUGAUGUCCAAGGCUUACAUUCAGGGCCAUGGCAUCCUUCUAAUGUUGCAUCCAAUCAAGUCCCAAUCGGAGGGUUUGGCUCGGUCAACGACACCAGAAAGGCGAACACCGUGGCAGGACGAGUGAGCUCCUACAGCUCCGCACAAGAUUCUACCUACCAGUCGGCACAGGCUGGGUACGGACGGCUUCAGCUUCUUCCACCGCCAAUCCAGCUCUGUGAUGAGACUGCUAGUAAUGCAUACUCGGAUACACAACCACAAUUCAGUGUGAAAUCGGCGCCUACGGGAGGCAAAGCUGGCGGAAGACGACCAAGAUCGAAGUCGGAGGUAACGCGGUGCACAAAGCACAAAGAUGGACGUCUGUGCAACAAAGUGCUAAAAAACCAGUCCGAUAAAGAGUAUGCCAUGUUCUCAUGCUAUGCGAUCUGGGAAACGAAGCUGACUUGCUCUCCAGUAAACACCUAUCUCAGCACACCAAGCCAUUCCGAUGUUGCGUGA